AUGUCGAACCCCUAUACACAGAAUAAAGGUUCUCUAGGGGGUACCGUGACUCCAGAUUUACAACCUACAGGCCAAUUCAAUCCAUAUACCUCAUCUUCAACACCCCAACGACUGCCUCGCCAACUCCAAUCUGGUUCGCCUUAUGACUCGCAACUUUCUCCGGGCAAAAGAUCAUUAAAUCCUUACGAAGAAGCAAAGAGAAAAUCAAUGGUGGAUAAGCAACAUAAAGAAAUGUUUCUGGACUCAAUGAAAGUUAUUACCGAUGCAGAUACAGAUUUGAAUCCGGAUUAUCUUUUCCAGGAGGACUUGAAACGUCGGGGUGAUCAUCGGAUGAAAAUCGUGGUUGUUGGAGAUGGUGGCUGUGGUAAGACUUGCCUUCUCACCACCUACACUAAAAACAAGUUCCCUGAAUUGUAUGUCCCCACUGUUUUUGAGAGUUAUGUCAUCAACGCUGCUAGUCCUCAGGGGAAAGUUGUGGAAUUGGCACUUUGGGACACAGCUGGUCAAGAAGAAUAUGAUCGGAUUAGACCUUUAAGCUAUCCUGAUGUUGAUGCACUCUUGCUAUGCUUUUCCUUAAGCAAUACUACUUCUUUGAACAAUGUCAGAGACAAAUGGAUAAGUGAACUCAAUUAUUUUUGUCCCAACGUGCCAAUUUGUCUUGUCGGCACCAAGAGUGACUUGCCUAAUGAAGUUCCUCUGAUAGUUGGUAUAGCAGUGGCUAAGGAGAUAGGGGCAAUUGCAUAUGUUGAAUGCUCCGCUAAAAAUAUGAAGAAUGUUCGUACUUCGUUUAAUAUUUGCAUGGACAAUCAUAUAAGACAAAUAGCCAUUAAAGAGCAAAUGGAAAAAUCCGCUAGGAAAAGGCAUUCAUUAUUUGGUGGGUCCCAUUCCAGAAACAACAGUUCUAUACAUUCUAAAGGACACUUAAAGGGCAACUCUUAUGAUUUAUCUGUGCAUCUUGAUGGACCAUUGGUUGAAGAGAAUGAUGCUCUGGAACCAGUGAAUCCUUAUGGGAACUUUACAAACCAUAGAGUUGAAGAAGACGAGUUUUCUUUCGCCAGGAGAGACCAGAAGAAGAAGAGGAGAUGUGUAAUUUUAUAG